GGGAAGCAAAGGCUGCUAGUUGGGGGCCUAGAGUCAGCCCUUCUCCUGAAGUUGGGGCCAGAAACCCUACAGGCCCUCUCAUAGCUACAGGACUGAGUGAGCUCUGCUGGUCAGGACAGGCCUUUCCUGUGAGGAAACACACAUAGGGCAUUGAGUUACUUUGGAGCAAGCGUAGCUGCCGUGGGGCUCUUCCCAACACACUGACCACUGCAGCUGGGAAGGGUUAAUUUGGGAAGAGCUCCUUCCAGAUGGACAAGCACUUUCCAGGCCCCGCCUUAAGGAGGGGGGGGUGGGUCAGUAUAAAAGGUGGCUGGGUGGGGCUGUGCCUGUGAGCUUAUUAAGAAACAGGUGUUCUGGGUGGGCUUCUUAUUGUAGUUCAAGGGGCAGUCUUUGGUUUUUCCUUUUGCUCAGGGCAGUUAUAUGCUAUGGGGAAGAUAGGUUUGUGUAUUCUCUUAAUACUGGCACCAGUGGGAGGUGCUUUUGAGGGGGUGGAAGGGGGGGUCUCUGUUGCCCAGCCCACAGAGAUCUGCCCAGACACAGCUCGCAUACCUGACCAUCCGGUGACAGUGGCAGCCUCCGACUGGGCAGCCACACCAGAGAGCAAGGUGACUGCGCCCACCUAUGGAGGCUCAACCGUGCCUGCUGGGACCACAGCAGCUCCUGCUGACGAGGAUCCUAUUAGAAUAAUUGUUGUGGCCGUCGCAGUUUCUUUGUUCAUCGCUGUACUGCUUCUAUGCUGCUGCUGCCCAGCGCAGCCACAUUUGGGUGCCGUGCAUGUUGACAGAAGUGUCCAAGCAGAGGCUCCAGCGGUUGUUUCUUCACUCAAUAGUGACCAAGUAGAGGCUCCAGAAGUUAUUCCUUCUCUCAGUAGUGACCAGGCAGAGGCUCCAGCGGUUGUUUCUUCACUCAAUAGUGACCAAGUAGAGGCUCCAGAAGUUAUUCCUUCUCUCAGUAGUGACCAGGCAGAGGCUGUAGAAGAUACUGUGAGCAUCCACGGAUUUCCCUCAACAAAUCGGAGACAUCAUGUGGUGAUCUUCCGUCGUGGGGGACCUAGACGGUCCAAUGAUCUGGCGGUCUCAUCUCCAUCAGCAGAUGUUCUGGAUUUGAGCUGAGAUUUACCUUGAACAAUCAGUAAGCCAGUGAACUACCUGAAUAUGCCUACAUGCUACACAGCUGUAGCUGGGUUUCAAGGUCAAGGAAACAGAAGAAUAAACUUGAUGGCAUUAUACUUUUCAGACUAAAGUUGACCCUUUUGAGGCUUUUUAUGCUUUUAAAGGCUUUUAAUGCUUUUUAAGACAAUGUAUUAACUAAACUUUUAUCCAUACUUGAAUUUUAGCAUUUAACUUGCCCCAAAUUGUCCACCUUCUUGCAAAUGACUUGUGAAAAGGAUGAAGACAGGCGUAUAUGAUCACCUCCACUCCCAACAACGUUGCAGUUGAGCUCAGAGAGGAACUGAUGUUUUGGACAGGAACUCCAGUCCCACUUAGGCAGCUUAAACUAAGCUCCUAUAAUAAACGGGAACAGAGCAGAAACUGGGGUGCUUCAUGUCAGCUCCUUCCCUGUUGUCCUGGCAUGGAAAUAAGCUCAUUUUUGUAGCCAUCAGAUGGUUGUUUGUCUUGUGAAUCUGUGCAAAUAUGUAAUGCACGACCCUAAAGUUUAAAUGCUCAAUUCAUAUUUCUCUUUCUUGAAAACUAAGACUGUACUGAGGUCUCUGCCUUUAAAGGAAAACCGUUUCUCUGGGAUUACUUAUUCCGAACAUAGGUGGUGGGGAGAAAAGAUGAAGCACAACGUUGGUUUUUUUACUGUUAUUCACACUCAUUACCUUUCUAGGCAGAGUUGCCUUCCGCACAGCUUCAUGGAGUCCCUUUUGAGCUGGGAGCAGGCAAAAGUCCCUGCACUCUUAAAAUUACUGCCUAAGACAAAAAGGUGUUUUGGAAAGGUGGGGUGGUGGUGGUCAAGCCUUUCCUGGAUGCAUCCCCUUCUAGGGUAACUUGCUUCCCCGCAGCUUCUGUGGGAAGAAUUCUCCUUGUGACUGGCUGUACCUGAGGCUGAGUGAAUUCCUCUCUCUGUGAGCCGGCGGCUGUUUUCCCACAGCUGCUGUGGGGCCAUGUGCCACAAGACAUAUUAUCGAGUUGGGCAGUUUGUGAUUUUUCCCGUGUAUUAAUCUGGAUGAGACGACGUGAGCUGCUGGAAGUAUUUGUUGCCUGAAUGAAAUGUUUCUGAUGCAGUGUUCCAUGGGGUGUUUUUAAAACUUCAUUGUAUGCCUUUAAUGGUAUGAACCAACUAUCAAUAAAAAAACACGUGGUGUGAUUUCCUUCUUUAAAA